AUGAAGCCUCCUGACAAGGAAAUCAAGACAGCCAAACGCAAGACAAUUCAUCCUUCCGACCAGAAAAAUAUGCUUCAGGAGAUUGAUACGAAUCAGCGUAAACGUUCGAUCAAUAAAUGGCGUCUGUCCCUGCAGAAGAACGCAGGAAAUUCGGAAUUCAGAAAUACUCUUGAUCUACGUAUUGGAAAGUCCGUUUCAAGUAACAAUUGA